AUGCAAGCGAUUGGGUUUGCGGCCGGAAAUGGAUUCUCGGCGGUAAACAGGUUUACAGCCCAGAGGUUCGCCGUCCAAGGGUUUACGACCCAAGGGGUUUACGGCCGUGAACGUGUGCUUCUUCAUGUUAUAAUUCUGGAUUUGAGAUUUGAAGAUGCACAUCAAGUGAUUGAUGAAAUGCUUCAAAGAACCAAAUCUAAAAGGCGGGUAGAGUUGAGCCACAUAAUCAGGCCCAAGCCAGGAUACACUACUUCAAAUCUUUUGAAAAUGAACGGUUGUAAGCAGGACCGGACACAAGGGGAGGCGAGCUAUUUGAUUACUUCUUCGGGUUUCUUCAUCUUUGUUAACACACUUGCCAAAUUUAACUUCCUAUACAGAGGUCUCUUUGUAAGCCUCUAA